AAACCCUUCAGUGAAUCCACAGAAGAAGAGCUCAUUAUGAGUCGGAACACAACUUUUAACAAUAUUGGAGGAAAUACUAACUGAAAUACCUUUACAUAGCGAUUUAGAGAUAAAAGAAUCGCAAUAAUGGCCUCUGACGACGAAAUUAAUAUUCUGGUCAUUGUGUUAGAUGUCAACCCUAUUUGGUGGGGCCAGCAAGCUCAGCGGGAACCUCAGUUCACUCUUUCAACAUGCCUGGAUUCUUUGAUGGUCAUGGCAAAUGCCCAUUUAGUGAUGUCAAGAACCAACAAACUAGCCGUCAUUGCAAACCUGUAUCAAAAGAGCCACUUUCUAUAUCCAAGUAAGCAGUGGAAAUCAGGGGAUGAAAUAUCUGUAAGUAGCGAUGGCAAAUAUGAACUUCUGUCAGUUACCAAUGAACUCUUUGCGGAAGAGAUCAGGAAUCUCAUGGACAGAACAGAGGUCAAUGGCAGUCAAACAGACAGCCUGUUGGCCGUAUCACUCGCCAAAGCUCUGUGCUAUAUUCAUCGAGUCUCAAAGGAUGUGCAAGCUGGACAGGACAUGAAAUCAAGGAUUUUGGUAAUAAAAGCUGCUGAGGAUUCUACAUUACAGUAUAUGAACUUCAUGAAUGUGAUCUUUGCAGCACAGAAGAAGAAUAUCCUGAUUGAUGCCUGUGUGUUGGACGCUGACUCAGGACUGCUGCAGCAGGCUUGUGACAUAACUGGAGGCUUGUAUCUCAGAAUUCCCCAGAAGAUCGCACUCACACAGUAUUUGUUGUGGGUAUUUUUCCCAGACACAGACCAGAGAUCCCAGCUGUUAUUGCCUCCUCCGACAUUCCUGCUUGUGACAUAA